AUGGGUGGAGUAAUAUGUAAAGAUCGUAUUAUAUUUUGGAAGUCAAAAUCAGUGGAUUUGAAUGAUCCCACUUAUAAAUCAGAUAUGGAUCUUGUAGAGUAUGGUUCAGGAAAACUUCAUGCAUCUACUGAUCAGUUCACUCAUCCACCAUCUGAGCAAAAACAGAAUGCAUAUUCUAAACACACAGAGCAAGCUGAAUUAUCAUCGUUCAAUUCCCCGAUUGGAUUGUUACUUUCGUGUCUUGGUUGUGUCAUAGGAACAGGUAACAUAUGGCGAUUUCCACGCAUAAUUGCUACAACUAGUCAUUCUCAAGGAAGUUUAACAUUUCUUAUCGCUUGGGUAUUAUCUUUAUUUCUAUGGUCGUUACCUUUGAGUAUUGUUGAAUAUACAUUGGGUCGAUUCACUCGAACAUCUCCAUUGGGUGCAUUUCACAGAUUUCUUGGCAAUAAAUUGGUAUGGUUAGGAGGAUGGAUUGUUGCUGUAACUUACAUGAUCACUGCUUAUUUUUCAGUGAUUGUUGGUUGGUGUUUAUACUAUUUCUAUAAAUCUUGUGCUUUAUCAAGUCUACCAAAAGAUGAAGAGACAAGUAUUCAAAUUUUUAAUGCAUUUGCAAGGGAUUCUUAUUGGCCUGUAUUAACCCAUUCAUUAGCUGUUUUCAUUGUUGGUGGAUGUAUAUUUGGUGGUAUAAAAUGGAUUGAAAAAGCGAAUAUGGUUUUAGUGCCUAUGUUAUUAGGCAUAUUAUUGUUUACAUUUGGAUGGUCAUUAACAAGAAAAUAUUCAGAAGUUGGUAUCACAUUCUUAUUCACUCCAUAUUGGGGUAGUAUGUUUACGCCAAGUUUAUGGGUUGCUGCUGCAAGUCAAAAUGCUUUCGAUACUGGUGCAGCUAUGGCAUUAUUCAUUUCAUAUUCUGCCUAUUUUAGCCGAAGAAAUGGUUCUGUACGAAUUGGUACUAUAACACCAUUGUGUAACAAUAUGGUGAGUCUACUCUGUGCAUUGACAAUUUUCUCAACUGUAUUUUCAACUUUAAUACAAACUUCACCAACAUUAACACGUUCUGGUAUUGUAAAAAUUAUGCAAUCCAAUGGACCUGGUAGUACAGGUUUAACAUUUACCUGGAUUCCUGUCUUAUUUGCAUAUGUUGGUGGUUUUGGAAGAGUUUUAUGUUCUUUAUUCUUUCUAUGCCUUUCCUUCGCUGGAAUAACUUCACUCAUUGGUCAUGUUCAAUUGACUGUAAUAACAGCCAAAGACUUAGGCUUAAGUCAUCGACAAGCUGCUUUCGCUGGUUUAUUCCUUACGUUAAUAUUUGGUUUACCUUCUGCAAUUAGUAUAAAUGUUCUAACAAAUCAAGAUAAUGUAUGGGGUUUUGCACUUAUGCUAUCUGGUCUUGCCAUGGCUGGUUUAGUAUUGAUCUAUGGUCCAAAGAAAUAUAGAAGAGUUGUUGUCAAUGAAUUUGGAAUUGGUGAUUGGAAACUUCCUAUUGUCUGGAUUUUUAUGAUAAGUGUUUUAGUUCCACUAUGUGGAGUUGGAUUGAUUAUUUGGUGGGCCUAUGACUUGAUAAGAUCUAACCCCUAUUGGUAUCAUAUUACAUUAGACUCUAUGACGACAACAUUACUUGAGUGGUUCAUUAUUUUCUUAAUAUUAAUUUCUGCAAACGGUAUAGUAAUCUAUAAAAAAAUUGAUUUAUUCCGUAAAAAUAAACAAACUGGUUAUGAUCCUCAUAAUCCAGAUUAUCCACCAAAAGAUGAAGUACAAUCCAUAGAAGAUGUAUUCUUUAUUGUCUCCACUGAUAGUAUAGAUACAAAUCUACAUGAAACACAAACAAAUAUGUAAUAUAAUGUAAAAUAUUCUCAUAUUUGAAUAAAUAAAAAACACUUAGUUUACAUUCAUAUUCUGAUGAUGAUGAUGAUGAUGAUGAUGAUGUGAAUAACUUUUCAAAAAGUUUUCCAUUUUAAGAUAUUUUUUUCUUUCUUUGUAUUGCAUAAAGGAUUCAAAAGAGACAUUUUCAAGUUUAUUGUAGGUAAUAAACAGCUUAGUGAUCGUGAGAAUAAAUACUCAAUGAUGAUCACUCUAUAUUGUAAACUAAUAGAAGUAGGAUGUAUGAACUAUUAGAUUCCAACCUAAGUUGCUUAAAGGGGUAACAUACUGAUCAUGGUUACUAGAGAUUUUAAGUACAAUCCUUGGGGGAUAACGUUAUGAUUGUGUACUGCUGAGGAGUUCAAUACUAGGAUGAAACAGCUGUCCAGUACUUCCAAAUUUCUAAUAUUCCUUUGAGUGAUAUCAGUUCAUAAUGAAUUUCAAAUGAAAGUCAAUUUUAAAAAAGACUAUAAUAUAGUAUGGAUUAGAAACCAGUGACCACUGGGUUCCUAGGCCCGGUGGUCUAAAUUUUUUCUUUACCUUCAAUCCUUUGUGAAAAGCAUAUAAAGUUUUAAACAAUUUAAAAAGAAAAUGGAGAUUGAAACCUGGUCAGCAGCUGAGUGUCAUAGGCCAGUUGGUGGUGGAGUACCAUGAGCCAGUAAAUCAGAGGCCACUUAUUUAAACCGUGCCAUGACCUAGAUUUUCAUUUCAUCAUCAAUCACACUGACAAUCAAUAUGAUGCGACAUCCUUUAAAAUUCACCUGGAUUUGAACUGGAUAUUCAGUAUGAUUACCAUGAACGAAAAUUUAUGGGGCACAGAUUCACGCAGCGACGGAAUAAGACCUUUGAUGAUUGAUGUGAAGUUAGGAUCUGGUGACAGGUUAGUAACGCAUAGGCCAUUAGGUUAUGCAUAAACAAUCUGCAAUAAUUGAUCACUGGAGAGCAACCAAUUUCAUGUUGUCUGGUCCUGAGUGCUGUGCGAAUUCUAUCCAUCAUUUUUCAAUGUAGCCACCAAGCUAGAAGACUUAGCAUUUCUAAAUGACCAACAGAAUUCAGUCAGCAUUGAGGAUUAAACUGUAUGAAGUUGGUUGCUCUCCAGUGACUAAUCAAUGCACGUAAUCCAUUCCUAGAGGACGUCAACCGAUUACUUGUCGUCUAUACUCAUAUGAAUUGUAGCAAGCAAUCAUAUUUUAUUUAUCUGUCCCAUGGGUUCCUGGUGGAACAUAUAGGGCUUCAGUAGCAGGUCACCAUUUCACUCUGCUAUCUGAGGUUUUUUCAACCUGGAUCCACUACUGUCUACAAGGUUUCAUUUCUUCCUCACACCAUCUCCUCCAUAUUACCCUCGCCUCGGACGCCCUAAUCGUCGUUUCCCAUUUAGAUUCCACUUGACGGCCUGGCUUGGCUUGUGAUAUCUCUAAUCCGCCUUCCUAUUGUAUGCCCAAUCCAGUUCAUCUCCACUUCCUCCCGCAUAUUUGUUAAGCAACGGGUUCCUGGUUGGUUCGUUGCCAGCCAGCAAGCUAGCCAGCCAGCCACAGUUCCUCCUUGCUUAUUCUUAUUAUUCUAACCAUCUGAUCUGAUCUUCAGUGUCAAUAUCCAGUGAGUGUUGGCGGCAGCUGUUGAUGAAUGUCUGUCAUUUGUUGGAAGUGUUUUUCGUAAUGUGUCAAGUUUGUGAACCAUCACAUAGAAGCACUGAAUUGCUUGACUGAAUUAGUGCUGAAAAUCCGGAUCUUGUUUUCUAUGGUGAGUGCAGUGGAGGAGAUCUCCACAUUGAUUUCAGAUCAAUGAAAGCCUGUCUUGCCGUCUUUCCGGUCCUGGCUUUGACGUCCUCGUCUGCCCCGACUGUAGUUGAAACGAUGCUGCCUAGGUAGGUAGAUGAAAGAGACAACCUACUUCACAUUUCUUCCACUGAUGGUGAUUGGUACUUGUUGUUGUUGUUGGUCGGGUAUCUUCAUCACCCCUAUCUUCUCUAUGUUCACCUAAAGGAAAUCCCGUUUUCGCUGCCCUGCCUCUUCUGUCAACUUGUUGAUUUUCACCUGUAGAUCCUCAGUUUUGUGCGAUAUUAGACAUAAAUCAUCAUCAGAGAAGUCUAAAUCUUCUUCUAGGGUCUUUUUAUCGGUACAGCCAGUGUAUCCUCGUCUUCUCACUCCUCACAGUUUGCUGCAUGAUCCAGUCGACCACAAUCAGAAAGAUCAUCGAUACGAAACAGGAUAGAAUUGAGUAUAUGAAAGACGUCUAGACUUCCUUACAAUUAGAGCUUCAAUUAACCUAAGUAAAUCUCCUCAAUUGGUUCUGUGAAUAGGUUUGAAAAAUGUACAUAGAUCAACCUAGUAACCCGUUUCAAUGACAAUGUUGAACACCAACUGCCUAGGUCGGUGGGAUCAUACUAUUUAAUUUGUUGAAUAUACUCC